AUGGACUCCUAUGGACGCGAGGAUGGCGGUCGAACGAUGACGGAUUCUUAUCGACGAAGGUCUCCCACACCUCCUACCUCUUAUGUCGCUUCCGACGUCAAUCUCAGCGCGCAGCAGCAGGUCAACACCUACGUGCCCUCCUGCAGUUUUCGCGCCUACGAUCGCCGAGCUCGCCCUGCCAGAGGCCGCUCUCGUUCACCUCAGCCGAUCGACCGAUAUCAGCCAGAUAGAACUCCGAGAGAUGAGUUCUACCGCGGACGUGAUGAACUCCACCACCGCCGACGUUCGUCUCCUCCGCCCGUUCAGGCCGGUAUCGACCGAUACGUUCCUGGACAAGAACCGCCACCACCUGCCAUCACGACGAAUCCCGUGCAAAACCCCAUGACGCUAGAUUACCAGGUCGGAUUCAACUACUUCGCAGAAUGGUGGCGCAUGGAUCAGCUGGUAAAGGAGGAGCGUGAACGUGCGAAGAACGGCGGCAGACGGCCGGACCGCAUCAAGGGCGAGCGGGAGAUACGCGAAGAGCGCGGGAAGGAAAGAGAGCAGAUCCAGGCUGCCUACGAUGCCUACAAAGAGAGGCUUCAAGUCCAGAUGGCCCGGACGUUCGUCCAACAGCACAAGGAUGAGGAGUGGUUCAAAGAGCGCUACGACUCAGACGCCAGGGCUGCUUUCCGCGCCCGCCUAAGCGAGUACCGACGAGGCAUCUAUGGCCAGUGGGAGCAAGACUUGGACACUGGAAAGUUUGAUGAGUUCACCCUGGAGGGCAUCUACAAGAACGGGAGUAACGGAGCGGGUGGAGUCGUGGAGAAGGAGGAGGGUGAGACGACUGCAGCCAAUGAAGUGCUUGGAGUGGGUGACCUGCUGCCAUCGAGAGGCGGAGACUUGCGUGAUGAGGCUGCGCUUCAACCGACGCUCCUGAUAAAGACAAUUGCUCCUACCGUCAGCCGCGACAAGAUGGAAGCCUUCUGCAAGGAGCACCUUGGGGAAGGUGAAGGCGGCUUCAAGUGGCUCAGCUUGAGUGAUCCCAAUCCGUUGAAGAAGUGUCAUCGCAUUGGCUGGGUGAUCCUCAAUCCUGGACCAGAACAGCCCGAGAAGAACGAGAGGAGUGAUGGCCGCGAUGAGGAAGGAGAGGAAGAUGAAGGCAUGGCUGAUGCCGAUGCUCCUGUUGAGUCAACCGCACAGAAAGCGCUUUCCGAAAUCAACGGCAAGACUAUCGAGGAUGAGAAGCGAGGAAACUUUACCUGCCAUGUUGGGAUUCACGAGCCGCCUCAAAUGCCAAGGAAGAAAGCUCUCUGGGAUCUCUUCUCAGCGCCUGAAAGAAUUGAGCGCGACUUGCAACUUGUGGAGCGGCUGGUAACUAAGCUAGAUGCUGAACUGGGCGAUGGCUAUAGUGGCAUAGCGAAGGUCGACGAAAGGGUGGAUGAUCUACGUGGUAAAGGAUGGCUGCAGCCGCCCAUCAACGCGCCCACUGGUACCAAAAAGGAGGCUCGCGAUCCCGAAGACAUGGAAGAUGGCGAAGAGGAUGGAAUGGAAGAAGGCGAGGAACCCGCAUACGAUGAUGAGGUCGACGAUGAAGAACUUCUGGCCAAGAAAAAGAAACUGGAUCUUCUAGUGGAGUACCUUCGCCGCGUUUACAACUUCUGCUUCUUCUGCGUCUUCGAGAGCGACUCGGUGCACGAACUUACUAGAAAGUGCCCAGGCGGUCAUCUUCGUCGGCCGCGGUCCAGUCUCACAACAGCAUCAAAAGCGGCGGCGAAGGCAAGCGCUCUCGGGCAGGCUUUCCCACUCAAGCGACAAGAAUCGAGUGCAGACGACCCUACGGGAUCGCCAGUCGAAGAGAGGAAGUUCAGGACCAAUGGGAAGAACCAGCAGCAACUGCAGCGGGCCUUCAACUGGGUUAAAACAUAUGAAGAGAAGCUCAUGCAGAUUCUGGAGCCGGAAAAUGUCGACAUCAAGAAGCUUGGAGGCAGGCCAACCGAAGAAGCUUUAGAAGAGGAAUUGAAGCGGUAUGUCAAGCAAGAGGACGAAGCCAAGUUCCGAUGUAAGGUCCCGGAAUGCACCAAGCUCUUUAAGGGUGAGACCUUCUGGAGAAAGCAUGUUGAGAAGAGGCAUACCGAGUUUUACGAGAAGUUGAGAAAAGAUGUUGAGCUGGUUAAUCUCUAUGUCCUCGACCCGGCCCACAUCGCGCCUUCCCGCACGGACGCGAACAGCAAUGGGCAUUUCCCCCUCAAUAACCACACGGUAGCUGGCACUCCGCGCGGCUUCUCUCUGUCCAACAUGCCAUUCGGGAUGCCACCGAUGAACGGCAUGCCCAACCCAGCAGCCUUCCAAGCCUUCUUUGGCCAGCAAGGUCAGAUGUUCGGCCAAGGCCCAGGCGCUGACGGUGAAGACCGGCACGGGGCCGGCCCAAUGCGGCGUGGCAACAUGCGCAUGAACAGCAACCGCAUGCCCGGUCCUUAUGACAGGCAGCAGAGGGAUGGGCGCAACAUGAGAUGGAAUAACGGACGUUUGACGCCUCCGCGUGCAGGCGUAGGCAGGCCGACUGGCGCCACUAGAUUUGCGGAGGGCGGUGCGGCGACUGUUGGGCCUCGGGAAGCUGUGCAGGGAAGGAGUCUCAAGAGCUACGAGGACUUGGAUGCGGCUGGUGGGGGUACUGCUGAGCUGAACUACUGA